AUGCCGCCGGAGACACGACGCCAAGCGAAGAUUCGGGCUGUCGAUGUCCUCGACUCUGUGGGCUGGCCCGGCGACGAGCCCGACGAUGGCAGCGAUCCUCAGGUUUUCGACGCCCGUGAUAUGCGCGCAGAGAUCAGUGAUGCUUUGCACGCACUGUCAAGCUCUACACCACCGUCAGAGCACUCUACUGGGCCUGAGAGAACGGCCCGAGAGACAAGCCGCAUAUUCCCGUAUCCCAUGGACCUGGAAAACAGUAGGAAGUACCGCUCCGCCCGUCGUAUGUACGUCUACGGGCUCUCGCGCCUCAUGGAGGCAGAUAUAGUUGAUGUCGAGGUUUCGGCGGCGGAUAACUUAAAGACGAACGCGUAUGUCGGCUAUCGUGCGCCCAAGCGGCCGGCGGUCAAGGCUGCCAACGUACGUAUCCCGAUGGGUGAAGGGGAGGCUGCCAGGGUGUACGACGCCGACGGACGCCUUGUUUUAUACAGGGCUUGGUCUCCCAAAGGGCCGGUGUGGACCUCCAUCAACGAAACCCUUAUGCGCGUCGCCGAUAUGCUCCGGAACAUAAAGCCCACCUUCACGAAUGGUACGCGUGGCGACUUUGCGGCCUACUUCUUCUCCCUUCAUCGCGGGUCUCAAUCGGAUCCAAUCAUGUCCGCCUAUUACCGAAAGCAUCAGCAGCUAGCUGAAGAAAUCCUCGAGAUCCUCGAGCCUGUACAGGCCAUUGUGGCACGCAUCUUCAAAGCAACCGCCCCUCGACUAUACCAGCGUUACUGCGCCGCGAUCGACUACGUUCAGAAGAAGCGACCGGGCACCCGAGCGUGCUUUUAUCCGUGGGCGAGCUUUUCUUUCAACCUCGGGACGGUCGUUAGCCGUUGGCACAAGGACCUUUUGAAUCUACUGUUUGGCUGGUGCCUCAUCAUCCCCUUCAAUCUUUUCAACUAUCGAACUUCGUGCCGUCUUGUCGUAGAAGAACUAGAUUGCGAGUUUGAGAUCGGAGCUGGAAUCCCGAUGUUCGUCCCGUCGGCGAUGUACCCCCACUAUAAUACCAUCUUACGUGGUAAAGGCGUCCGGGAGUCAUUUGUGGCAUGGACGGGUGGGCCGGUUUUUCAAUGGGUCGAUUUAGACGGUCGUCCAAUCUCCAGCCUCUCUGCAGCCGAGAAGAAGGAGUAUUUGGCCAGCAUGCCCCGUCAUAUAGCAGAGGGGCUUUCACUUUCUCCUCACGAGUCUGAGCUUUGA